GAACGAAACAUCGAAUGAAAGCGGGGAGGUUUGGUGAACGACUGAUGUUUGAAGACGCUUAAUGGGUUUCAUUAUUUGAUUGAGCCUGCUGUGGAUCCCUUCUAGACGACUCACAGACCUGAGCGAGCGGAUACCUGCAGCGUACAAUCAACGCAAUCGGACUUUGUUUUUACACCUGCGACCGCCAAUAUGCCUGGAAUACUCCCUAUGAAAGUGAUCAAGGUUGGGUCGAAUUCGCAGAGUCGAAUCGCCCAAGCCUGUGAUCGAUGUCGGAGCAAGAAGAUACGAUGCGACGGGAUCCGACCGUGUUGUUCCCAGUGUGCCAAUGUCGGCUUCGAGUGCAAGACCAGCGACAAACUGAGUCGACGCGCUUUCCCACGCGGAUAUACAGAGUCGCUGGAAGAGCGAGUGCGUACAUUGGAGGCGGAAGUGAGAGAAUUAAAAGAUUUGCUGGAUGAGAAGGAUGAGAAGAUCGAUAUGUUGUCGAAGAUGCACUCCAACCGACGACCGUCAACGGCCUCGAGUUGCUCGCCACCGGCCGAGACGCGCAAAGAGGUAGUCCCUAGUCCAGCGAAGGAAGAUGUAUUUCGUGUCCAGGCAUCUCCACUGUUGCUUGGAGUAGAGAAUUCGGAUUCCUAUUUUAUGGGUGCAUCAAGUGGCAGAGCUUUUGUUGAUGCUUUCAAACGAAGAGUGCAAGAAAGUGGAAAGUCCAUCGCGGGCUUCAAUACGGAAGCAUUUCUCAAUGUUCAAAGUGAAACAACUCCCAAGACCGCAACACCCAAGAGUUCGGGUGCGCCACCUCGCAUGUUCUCCGAUCGAUGUGUCAAUGUCUUCUUCCAGGAAUGGGCGCCUCUCUUCCCAGUGCUUCACAAGCCAACUUUCCUUCGCUUGUACGAAGAGUACAUGUCAAACCCUGAGCAAAUGACGGAUUCCCAUAAGCUCGCUCAACUGAAUCUUGUUUUCGGAAUUGCUGCACUCUCUAGCGACAACCCAGAUCGUCAGCAUAUUGCUGUUUGCGAAAAUCAAUGGCGCUCUGCACUUGAGAAGGUUCAAAUGGACAACACACUCGUGACACUUCAAUGCUUGGUUCUCGCACUCAUUUACUGCAUCUCGAAAGCCGAUUAUGGUCGACUUCAACACUACAAGGGCAUUGCUGUUGGUUUAUCGCACCGUCUUGGUCUACACCAGAGUCAGAAGAGAUUCUCCUUUGGAGCUCUCACUAUUGAGACCCGCAAGAAGGUCUUCUGGACUUUGUAUACUGUCGACUGUUUCUCUGCUGCUUUACUUGGUCUUCCUAAGUUACUCAAAGAGGAAGAUAUCCACGCAGAAUAUCCGUCAGACACCGAUGAUGAAUAUGUCACCGAGAGGGGCUUCCAGCCUACACUACCAGGCGAGUAUACGAAAAUAUCAAGUGCCUUGGCCCUGUUCCGUGCGUCACGCAUUCUUUCCAAGGUUUUGGAACAGAAUUACCCUGCUGCUGCAACACAUGAUCUUUCCCUGCAAUCCAUGGCCUCCCUCGAUACAGAGCUCAACGAAUGGUCCGAUGGCCUCCCUGUCCACCUUAAAUUAAACUUUGCCCAGGACAAACCAUCGACGGACGUAACGGGCAGCCGAUCGGCGAUAUUGUCUCUUGCAUACUAUUACAUUCGUACCUUAAUUCAUCGGCCAGCAGUCGGCUCCACCCUAGGGAACAAAGCUUCUCCAGCUGUCAUUUCACUUGCCGAUUCUAGCAAGCACAUUAUCCAGAUUGUACAACUUCUCGAAGAACGAAGCAUGUCGUUUUCAUUCUGCCUAAAUAGGAAUGAGAUGCUCACUCUCUGUGGAUUAAGCAUACUCUACCAAGGCCUCGACUUAAAGCAGGAAGGAAAACUGAUGCAGGAAAGCCAACGGUUAGUGGCGGCAGUGAUCAAAAAUCUCGAGAAAGCCAAAGCUCCCGGAGCGGCAGACUUCAGACGACUGGCUGCAUCCAUGCUACCAUUGGAGAGUCAACCCAAACCAAACACUACUCGAAGUCCAACCAGUAUGCCCGCUCCGACGAGUGCCAAGUCUACCCCUUCACCAUCUGUUCCGAGACAACAAAUUCGACCCCAGAUCUACCGACAUGGAAGUGCCACGAUGAGCGAGAGCGAUCUUCUGGCUCAACAAGAGAAGCUUCGCCGCGCAACCUUGCCAAACCUGAAUAUGCAUCGUCAAGAUCACCUGCCUCAUGGAAGGAAUUCUAUCGACUCUGCUCGUUCUGAAUCACCGAUGUCUCGUCGCGAGUACCGCAAUUCUUCCUCGCAACUACCCAAUGCUUUAAUACCACGGCCUGUCAUCAAGAGUGAAAGGGUUCCAAAUCUUGACUAUCUAUCUCUGAACAAUACUCCUGUCGCAUCACAACCUCAGUCUCCUGUGAUAAAUCGCGCACAGCAUCCUAUCCAAAACACCCAAGCCCCUGUCUACAACAAUAACAAUUACUCCAACAGCAAGUCAUCUGGCGUCUCGGCGUCGGAAUGGGAAAGCUUACUAGGUUCACUGGAUGGAGGUCAGACAAACUUGUACGACGCGAUAUACGGCGGUCCAGCACUGUCACUCUCAGACAACUCCACUUCGAACUAUGGCGACUGGUCUCCGGAUUCUCAAUGGGACAUGACUUCUCUGACCAUGAACGACUUCACAAGCGCACCUGCUGCUCGAAGUGUUUUGUCGUUUAGUGAAGAGAGUCUGAGCUCCGGUGAAGACCUCUCAACUAGUGAUCUUGGGCUUGGACGGCAGGACCACAAUCAUCUGAUACCGGGUUCUGUGUUUUCUGGUGACGGUUACUUGCUCGAAGGAUUGGAUGCCACUUUUGGAUUAUAAAUAUAGUACUCAAUCGGUGCCUGGCGUCUGCUAUCAGGAAAUAUAUGUCUUGGAGAUGUUGCUGCCAGACAAGGCGUGGGGGAUAUCUCGUUUUUGUGGAUUUCGAGUUGGGGAUUUUUUUUAACG